AUGCCAGCCUUUUCAUUAUCUAUCUAUUUAGCUCAUUUUUUAUCUAUCAUCUAUCUUCCAUCUAUCUAUCUAUCUAUCUAUCUAUCUAUCUAUCUAUCUAUCUAUCUAUGUCCCUUCUUUUCUAUCUAUCUAUCUAUCUAUCUAGCUAAACAUUUUCUUCAUCUAUCAUCUAUCUAUCUAUUCAUCAUCUAUCUUUAUCAUUCCUUUCUUAUCUAUCUAUCUAUCUAUUCUCAUUGUCUCAUCUAUCUAUCUAUCAUCAUUCAUCUAUCUAUCUAUCUAUCUAUCUAUCUAUCUAUCUAUCUAUUGCCUAUUUCAUUAUCUAUCUAUCUAUCUAUCUAUCUAUCUAUCUAUCAUCUAUCUCUGUCCCUUUCUUAUCAUCAUUCUAUCUAUCUAUCUAUCAUUGUCAUCUUCAUCUAUCUAUCUAUCUAUCCAUUCAUCUAUUUAUCUUCUAUCUCUAUCUAUCUAUCUAUCUAUCUAUCUAUGCAUCUAUCAUCUAUCUAUCUAUUAUUCUAUCUAUCCAGCCUUUCUAUCUAUCUAUCUAUUAUCAUCUAUCUAUCUAUCUCCCUUCUCUCAUUGUCUUCAUCUAUCUAUCUAUCUAUCUAUCUAUCUAUCUAUCUAUCUAUCUAUCUAUGUCAGGAUGGAUCCGGUCUCUAUAAAAAUAUACAUGACAACAGAGAUGGUCGUAUUUAUUUUAGUGUUGAAACUCAGUACUUAGGCAAAUUUUAUCUAUCUAUCUAUCUAUCUAUCUAUCUAUCUAUCUAUCUAUCUAUCUCUAUCUAUCUAUCUAUGCUAGUUUCUUCAUUGUCUGUCUCUCUAACUAUUUAUCUCAUUCGAGUCGUAUCUAUCUAUCUAUCUAUCUAUCUAUCUAUCUAUCUAUCUAUCUAUCUAUCUCAGUCUCUUCAUAAUCUAUCAGUUUCUUCAUUAUCUGUCUAUCUCCCUCGAUUCGUAUCUAUCUAUCUAUCUAUCUAUCUAUCUAUCUAUCUAUCUAUCUAUCUAUCUAUUUAG